AGAGGGUUUUGGCACCGACGCUCCACUUUGAGGAGCCCCGUUUAGCCCUGUCCCCCUCUCUCCCCGUCUCUCUCUCUCUCCUCUCCGUCCUCAUACUCCGCUUUCUUCCGCCCGCUCCCUCCAGUCGCGGUUAAUGGGCGUUCGGUUGCCAACAGAGACGCGCGUGCGGAGCAGCGUACGACUUUAACGGCAAAACAGGCACGGGAUACCCCCCCCCUCCUCCCCCCCACGCCAUUUCCUCGUGUCGAGCCCCUGGAAUGUCGAGUAGUGGCACGGGCUCUUCCUCGCGGAAGGAGUUCGACGUGAAGCAGAUCCUCAGGAUCCGAUGGAGAUGGUUCGGUCACCCCGCGGUCCCUCCGCCUCACUCCCCGCCGCUAGGAGAUUAUCUCGCCGGGAGGAGGACGCGCGGCAGCUCCGGGGACGGACCGUCCGUUAGCGGCUGCAGCAGUUCAAACUCAGCCGGCAGCAGAAACCCCAGCUCGGGGAGUCACAUUGGACUGGUGGCCAGCGGCAGCGCUGGGUCUAACCUGUGUAACGGCAGCGGAGGCGGCGGCGGGAACAGAAAGUUUGCCGAACCGCCGGGGAGUCGGGGCGGUCCGGGAGGGGCGACAGCCGGAGCCACGGGGAACUCUUGCACCCGCUCCUUCAGCCAGCCGGAGUGCAGGAGCUCGGCCGCGGGGCUGUCCUGGGUCUCCCCGCCGCAUCUUCGUCGCACUCGCCCGGUGUCGAACAUGGAGCCCCCCGGCGAGGCCCCCGUGCCCCAGUUGGUACCCGAGCCCCCGGCCCAUGCCGCCGGCGGUGAGGAGGAAGCGGCGGUCGUUGCGGCGGCCGCCGGGACCGAGGAGAACCUCAACCCCCCGGAAACGGACUCCAGCUCCUGCAGGACGUCCAACAGCAGCGCAACUCUGUCCUCGUGCGUGUCGUUGGAGCCGUGCGUGUGCCCAGAGGAGUGCAUGUUCACCGCUUUGUCCCACGCUGAUGUCACCUUCCGCAAGAUGGAGGGAUACCUGAGGACCAGGCAGCUGUGUGAUGUCAUACUGGUGGCGGGAGAAAGGCAUAUACCUGCGCACAGACUGGUCCUCUCGUCCGUGUCAGACUACUUCGCCGCCAUGUUUACCAGUGACGUGCGGGAGGCGAAGCAGGAUGAGGUCAAGAUAGAAGGAGUGGACCCUGAUGCCUUGUGGGUCCUAGUUCAAUAUGCAUACACAGGGCGUCUCGAAUUGAGGGAGGACACCAUCGAGUCUCUGCUGUCGGCCUCUUGCCUGCUUCAGCUGUCCUCGGUGGUUCAGGCCUGCUGCUCCUUCCUGGUGAAGCAGCUCCACCCAUCUAACUGCCUGGGGAUUCGGUCCUACGCUGACGCUCAGGGCUGCAACGACCUUCACAGGGCCGCCAACGCCUACACCAUGGAAAACUUUCUGGAGGUGGUUGGAGGCCAGGAGUUCCUGUUGCUCCCAGUGGAGGAGAUGGAGAGGCUUCUAACUUCUGAUGACAUCAAUGUGCCCGAUGAGGAAACUGUGGUAACCUCUUUGCUAACCUGGGUCAGUCAUGAUGCACCCACUCGCCAACGCCACCUUCCUUUACUGCUUUCUCACGUCAGACUCCCGCUGCUUCGACCACAAUUUUUGGCAGACCUGGAGACAAACUCCCUCCUCCGUGACAGUGUGGAGUGUCAGAGACUCAUCAUGGAGGGGAUGAAGUAUCAUCUUUUGCCCCAGCUCCGGCCCUUGCUUCAGAGCCCCCGCACACGGCCUCGAAAGGCCACCGUAGGGGCCAUGUUUGCUGUGGGGGGUAUGGACGCCUCCAAAGGUGCCACAAGUAUUGAGCAGUACUGCCUGCGUCGAGACUCGUGGAGGCAGGUCGCCACCAUGAGUGGCCGGAGGCUACAGUUUGGCGUGGCUGUCCUCGACGGCCGUCUUUACGUCGUCGGAGGCAGAGACGGACUCAAAACCCUCAACACUGUGGAGUGCUACAAUCCGCACAGCAAAACCUGGAGCGUCAUGCCUCCCAUGUCCACGCACAGACACGGCUUAGGUGUGGCUGUCCUGGAGGGACCCAUGUAUGCGGUGGGAGGACAUGAUGGCUGGAGCUACCUCAGCACCGUGGAAAGGUGGGACCCACAAGCUCGUCAGUGGAGCUUUGUUGCGAGCAUGGCUACACCCAGAAGCACAGUAGGGGUAGCCGUACUGAAUGGCAAGUUAUAUGCAGUCGGAGGUCGGGACGGCUCUUCCUGCCUGCGAUCAGUGGAGAGUUUUGACCCUCACACAAACAGGUGGAGCAGCUGUGCUCCCAUGGCCAAAAGGCGUGGGGGUGUGGGAGUGGCCACCUGGCAUGGUUUCCUGUACGCCAUCGGAGGUCACGACGCUCCCGCUUCAUCUCUAGCAUCUCGAUUAAGUGACUGUGUGGAAAGGUAUGACCCUCAGACCGACGUGUGGACAGCCGUCGCCCCCAUGAGCAUCAGCAGAGACGCUGUUGGUGUUUGUCUCCUUGGAGACUGCCUCUACGCUGUGGGCGGAUACGACGGGCAGGUGUAUCUCAAUACCGUGGAAGCUUAUGACCCUCAGACAAAUGAAUGGACACAGGUACAGUGGGAAGAGGCUCCAAGUGGCCCCUCUGUGCUUGGGCAGGGCAGGGGCAUGUGUAGUGACCGUCAGACUGUGAAAACACACGCAAAGGACGACACUCAGAGACACUUUGUCAUCACUGACACUGAAGAGACACCCAGCAAACCUGCUGCCUUUCAGUGAGAAACACGAGGCUGGCUCCUGAGCUCUCAUCAGGUUUUACUCUCGGAUCCUUACCCAUGCACAACUCUCAAAAAUAGUUCACGGAAAGUUUAGCAUUAAGUUGAGGGUCGGGUUUCUGACAAAUCUUCACAUCCUGAGAAGUUCUGUCACGGGGAGGAAACCGCUGGAGAGAAAUCUGCCGCAUUUAUCCGAAUUUGACACACCAGCUGUCUGUUGUACUUUUUUUUUUUCUCUCGGCAGGUAGGGUCUCAGUCUCAGACACACAUGCGGCACCAACCUACAAGGCCACACUCAGCUUCUAUUUCUGCUGACAAAUAGCUGAGACAGAGAGAGAUUGUCAAGACCGCCUCAUCAGUUUAUGCUCUCAGCUUUCCUAACCGUAUCUGAUGGCGCGUAUUGAUGCUAUUUUAACACAUUCCCUGUUAUUUUUAUGCUGCAGUUGGCAAGUGCACUUGUGCUGUGCUUUGCUGUUGCCCCCCCCCAACAAAUAAAAAGAAAGAGUUUUGACAUAAUCAGCACAAGAUCGUAAAUAGCUGUUCUGGGAGGAUCUAUGAGGAUCUUUUUCAGUCAGAAACACAUGAAAUUUCAGUGUAUGGUUUUUCUGUUGCAUCAGCUCAAACCUGAAGUUUCGAACUUUCACAAGUUCAUUGAGAGAACAAUCCAACCUUUUUUUUUUUGCAUUUUGCAUUCCUUUUUUUAUGCAUUAAUUUCAGUUUUUUCUGUUGUUUUGUUAUUAUUAUUAAUGGAGCUCCAUUAAGCGGUGUUGAUAGGUUUACAGCCUGGGUAGUAAAUAACGGCUCUGUGGGUUUGUGUUAAUCCCUGCAGGGAAAUUUUGUUUUCAGUUUCCCCUGGAGCACAAGGUCAGCUAUUUACAGGCCUGUUCUUUUUUCCCCAUCAGGGCUUGAUUGGCUUUUUCUGUCUGCCAGCCAUCUUAUUUUCAUCCUUUGUAUAUGUUUCAUCACUGCCUGUGUGUUAGUGUGUGCUAGUGUUGGGUCUUUGGAGAUUGCCAGAAGUAUAUUUUUAUCUCAAAUGAGAAUCCUACCUCCGUUCCCCUCUCCACAUCCUCAGCUCCCUGCUGCUCUCUCUUCAUCCACGUUUUCCCAUUUCAUCGCCACUCACGCGAACACACACAGAUCCGUGCACCGUUUCAUUUCGUAGCAGAAUUGGGUACCCAGACAAAAAAAGAACAGACCUUAUGAUGAGACCAUGAGUUUAAUAAUAUUGAUUCCGACGGUGCCCGCAUUCUGAUUGAUAUUAUGUUCAACGCCUUAUUGGAUUUGAGGUUGUUAUACACGAAGCAAGUGUGAGACAUGCGGUGAACACAAAUCUGUGGAACACACACGCGCGUGUCCUUAACUGCGGCCCACGAGAAACCUGCAAUUGUGCGCAGUUACAGGGCAAUUUCAAGCUGUUCGUUUGAAUUGUCUUUUGGUGUAUUUGUAUGUAAGCUGGAUCUCAGCUUCUUCUUUUUUUCUAAGUGGGGAAAACUGACAGUGAGAGCCAAACCACGCACCCUAGUCUGAACCGACAGAUCCAGCUCUAAUGGAGCCCACAGGAUGCACUUUUCAUCCAAACAUGACGGGGUGCGCACUCCUGCGUUUUUUUGCUCUAAGACGCACCAUCAUGCCGAACGUGUCCCGGGAGACACUGAUGUUUGGAAAAGGCUCCAAAAUUCGCCAGCACGACAUCUAAAAAGCUCAGACGGGGGGUGGGGGGAGGCCAGCAUUUCCCUGCGGCCGAGCCGAUGUUUACUCCUGUUUAAUGCAUCCUUUUUUUGGUGUCCUCCCCAAUCAAAGCUGCUUAUUUACAGUGAUUCUCUUUCCAUCUCAGCAGAGAAAGCGUGUCAUCGUUUGUGUCUGCUAUACCAGACGCUGGCUAACAGUUAAAACGGACGCAUUCCAAAUAAUGUUCUUAGUGGAUUGUAUAAUGUGUACAUAGAUAAAUAAGAAAUGUGGAUGUGGUGUUAUUGCAUUACGCUGUGUACUAUGCCCACUAAAUAUACAAUGUGCAAUUGUCUGCUGCUCUUUUUUUUUCUUUUUUUUUUAAUUUGGUACCUUGGAUUCAGAUGAUGAAGAGGUGUAAUAAAGACA